CGGAAGUGCCGCUCGGGGCCGGAAGCGGCGUUGCAGCCCCCGGUGAGGCCGCAGCGCUCCCGGUGCCCCCGGACCCCUCGAGUCCCCCCGGCACCUCCGGAGUCCCCAGGAUCCGCCGGCACCGCCCGGCCCUGCCGCCGCCAUGUUCCUCACGCGCUCCGAGUACGACCGGGGUGUGAACACCUUUUCUCCAGAGGGGAGGCUCUUCCAGGUGGAGUAUGCCAUUGAGGCCAUAAAGCUUGGCUCCACAGCCAUUGGGAUCCAGACCUCAGAGGGAGUUUGCCUGGCUGUGGAGAAGAGGAUCACAUCCCCCCUGAUGGAGCCCAGCAGCAUUGAGAAGAUUGUGGAGAUCGACUCCCACAUUGGGUGUGCCAUGAGUGGCCUAAUAGCUGAUGCAAAGACUUUAAUUGACAAGGCCAGAGUGGAGACUCAGAAUCACUGGUUCACCUACAACGAGACCAUGACAGUGGAGAGUGUGACACAGGCUGUGUCUAACCUGGCUCUGCAGUUUGGGGAGGAGGAUGCUGACCCAGGAGCCAUGUCCCGCCCGUUCGGUGUCGCUCUGCUCUUCGGAGGGGUGGAUGAGAAAGGACCCCAGCUGUUCCACAUGGAUCCCUCGGGGACGUUCGUGCAGUGCGAUGCCAGAGCCAUCGGCUCCGCCUCGGAGGGAGCCCAGAGCUCCCUGCAGGAGGUUUACCACAAGUCCAUGACACUAAAGGAAGCCAUCAAAUCUUCCCUGGUCAUCCUGAAACAGGUCAUGGAGGAGAAGCUAAAUGCCACCAACAUUGAGCUUGCCACGGUGGAGCCUGGCAUGAAAUUCCACAUGUACACAAAAGAGGAGCUGGAGGAGGUCAUCAAGGAUAUUUGAAAAAGAAAGAGAGACCCCCAAAAGCUCAAAGCCCUGCCCUGACCAAAGGAACUGGUGCAGUUCACCCAGCUCCUGGGACUUCCCUCCCCACAGCACCUGUAUCUGCUGCUCCUGCCAACUCCAGAGGUUUUUUUACCUUUUCUGGACAGAACUGAGCUUUGCCCCGGGAGGGAAUGAAAUAAAUAAUUUUGUUACUCUCACUGGGCUCCUCAGCAGGGGGGGAAAGGUGGGAAGGCAGGGAUUUGGAGCCAAAACUGGGGGUGGAUUGGGACAGCAGCUGUGCCAAGGGCACUGCCAGGCCUGCUGCAGGAGUGAGUCUCCCUCUUGUGGUGCUGUCCACGGGGAAAUCCAGGUGUCAUUCCACACUUCUUUUAAAAAAAUAGAGAGUUUUUAAUCUGUUCAGUGCA